AUGUGCCACUUACCGAGGCAAUUGCCGGCGAUUAAUCUACGGUACGGGCUUAUAUCACCGUUUCGCCCUCUUCUAGUGAGAUGCAAUAUGCCCCAAAACACAGAAUCAGUGGAAUGUGCGAAUGGUCAAAUGUUCAUUUUGGGAAUGGGUUUUGUAGGGCAAUUCUUUGCUGCUGAUUUAAAGAGCAAAGGAUGGGUAGUAAGUGGGAGCUGCACAACCGUUGAGAAGAAAACUAAACUCGAAGAAAUGGGGUUUCAUGCCUACGCCUUUGAUGCGAACGACCCUCAACCUGAGAUCCUAGAUAUCAUGAAAAAUCACACUCACCUCCUCGUUUCCAUCCCUCCCGUCAAGGGUCUUGGUGAUCCGAUGCUUUGUCAUAAAGAAUUUGUGAGAAGAAGAUUGAAGGAUGGGAAAAUUCAGUGGCUAACUUACUUAUCAUCAACUAGUGUCUAUGGAGAUUGUGGUGGUGCUUGGGUAGAUGAAGAUUAUCCAAUAAGACCUACAAGUGAACCAGCCAGAGCAAGGUUAGCUGCUGAGGAAGAAUGGUUAUGUUUGGGCCGUGAUCUUGGGAUUGCUGCUCAAAUAUUUCGACUUGGAGGAAUAUAUGGACCUGGUAGAAGUGCUAUUGAUACCAUUAUUAAACAAGAGCCUCACUCGAAGGGUCAGAAAAUGAGAUUAUGUAAACAGUACACCUCUCGCGUUCACGUUGCUGACAUUUGCCAAGCACUCAAUGCAAGUAUUCUGAAGCGAUCCCCAUGGGAAGUAUUCAACAUUGUGGACGAUGAUCCUGCUCCAAGAAUGGAAGUAUUUAUGUGGGCUCAGAAUUUGGUCGAGCAAAAAUUUCCAGGCCAUGUGAAGCAACCUACUAUGUCUCCUGAAAGAGAAGAAUCACUUGUCCUGGACAAAGUUUCCAGGGGAGAUAAACGAGUCUCCAAUGCACGGAUGAAGAAAGAACUGGGAGUGAAGCUGUUUCAUCCUACUUAUAGGUCUGGACUGCAAAGUAUCAUUGACCAUAUGGACAAUCCAUAUCUACAAAAUUUACCAGGUUCAUGA